GUUUGUUGAUGAUGAUAAUAAAUUUUGAUAUAUGUGAUAUUUCAUCAAGGCAAGAAACAAGAACAGAACUGAUCUUAAUGAUCGUGAUUUGUAAGAAAAAAUGACAUAAAAAGAACACAAUUUGGUUUUAGUUGAUGAUUUGACAUGUUGUGUUAUAGAAUGAAAUAGUACACGAAUGAUUGGUAUUAGUGGCAGCAUGAAGAAUUUUUCAACAGAGAAUAUCAUCAUUGGUGAUGUUAUAAACGAGUUUUUCAAAUGUGUAAAAUAUUAUCUGUUUCGUUUGGAAUAUUCCUUACUGGAUUAUCAACAGCGUCGUAUACGAUGGACUUGUUAUCGAACAAUCAAGCCAAGUAUUUGGAUAACGACAAAUUCAAUGAUUUUAAUAGCCAUAAUGUUUACCAUGAUUCAACGACCAAAAUCCAUAGCCGGUUUGCCGUUGUCGUUAGAAGAUUUCGAAGAGAUGUUUGAUAUUCAACGAUUAGAUCUGGCAAUCAUACAUUUAGUUGUUGUUUUUUUGACAUUAGAAUAUCUAUGGUUUGAAUUGUUCAAAAAAAUUUCUUCUUACAAUUUUCCAUCGAAUGAUUUGUUCAUCAAAUAUCGUAAUUAUGAUGACAAUCUAUUGGAACCACGAUUACGUCGCUAUUUGACUUUAUUUUAUCGAAUUAUUGAUUCAAUAUCGACAUUACUUUAUCGUUUAGCGGUAUUGACCAUGUUAUCUGGCUACGCAUUAUUCAUUAUUCAUGUUGGCUAUUUAUAUUUGGAUGGUAAAUUGAAUACAUUCCAAUGGCUUUUGUUUCUUCAACUGUGGACAAUGCUUCUGUUUCGUUUAGUAUAUCUGAUGGGACAAUUAUUUUUGGCCAUGAAAUUUUUAUUGUUUAUCGUUGAAUUUGGCCGAAUUCAAUUUAUGAAAAUGCUUCAAACAACCAAAAUUGUGUUUUGUUGUAAUCGAAACAAAAUGAAUUUUAACAAUUCAAUAAAUCGCAGAUUGUUUUGGCAAAGUUUCCAUCGACAAUAUUUGACACUGUAUUUGGAAACAUGGAAAUUUGAUGAUACAAUAAAAAUGGUGCUGGCAGCAGUGGAAAUGAUUGCAAAAUCAGCAAUUAUCGAUUGCACUGUAUUCGUUAGUAAACAAUUGCGUAUGAAUCUUAAUAAUGCUUUGAUCAUCCUAUGGCUAGGAUCAGCGUUUGUAUAUAUGAAAAUUGUUUAUACACACGUGUCAUAUUUACCAUCUUAUAACCGAAUUUGCAGCCGAUUAAUUAUGAAUUGGAAUGCACGAACACAUUGGCAACGAUUCUGCACUCAACAACAACAGAAACCAUUACUGCAAGAAUCGUCAUCAUCAUCAUGGAAAAAAUUGAAACGUUUCAAUGCAUGGAUCACAUUGAGAGAUGUGAUUAAAUCCAAUCUAUUCAUACAGACAAUGACCAAUAAUCUUUUUGGUUUGAAUUGUGGACAAUUAUUCUUCAUCACUAGAUAUAAAUAUCUAGAAUUACUUCUAAUGGAUGUUAUGCUAAUUUUAUUGUUUUAUAAAAAAAUUUGCUUAUAUUAAAUAUUUCCAGUUUCUC